GUCGAGUAUGGUGAAAUUCCUAAUCAACUCAUCGUCUGCCUCGUUAGAAGUCACACCGCCAAAUGGAUGCAGAGUGCUUGUAGUAUGAGGCUAGCGAGGAUGGAGGAUACGGUGGAGCUACUGGAGAAAAGCUAGCGUUGGAAAUUUCGAAGAUGAGCUUAGAGGAGGCACUCACUCUCGCUCGUGCUUUCAGCCAUUACCUCAAUUUGAUGGGCAUUGCUAAUGCUCAUCACAGGGUUCAUAGACAAAAGAAUGUGGCAUCCCUAUCAAAAUCUUGUGGUGAUAUUUUUAAUCAGCUUCUGCAGCGUGGUGUUUCCCCAGACCAGCUUUACGAUACCAUUUGCAAGCAGGAGGUCGAGAUUGUUCUUACUGCACAUCCUAGUGUGCUUUCAUGCUUUAACAUUCAUUUUUACCAAGCUCUAAACAUUAUAUCAUGA